ACUCCACCUUGGACGUAAACAAAGGUGACUGGCUCAACAUUUCAUUGUAUUACUAUAUUUUGUCAUCAUACAAUCUACACACUGUGCCACCGAUCAUAAUCCAAUGUUCAAGGAAAGUGAUGGAGCUCAAUUAUGAAUCCAAUUAAGGCCGAAAAACCCAAAAACUCCUUGAUAGAGAUCAUCAGAGGACAAGAAGACCUCAGACUCACAUUUGACUCCCCACCUUAAGAGGAAGCAGGGAACAUGUUCAGCUUCAACAUGUUUGGGGAGGCGCUGCAGCCUCGACCCUUCAACACUCAUUACCGCUGCUACUCGGUGUCCAUGUUCCCAGGAGACAAGCAGGCUGUGGAGCACGGUGGCAAAAUUAUCAUGCCACCAUCAGCACUGGAUCUUCUGACAAGGCUCAACAUUGUGUAUCCCAUGCUCUUCAAAUUAACCAACCAGCGUGCCAACAGGCACACUCAUUGUGGUGUGUUGGAAUUUGUGGCUGAUGAAGGGAAGGUGUACAUUCCUUACUGGAUGAUGAGGAACUUGCUGUUGGAUGAAGGGGAACUUGUUCACAUUGAGUCUCGGUCGCUUCCUGUUGCCACAUUCUCAAAAUUUGAGCCCCAGAGUGUUGAGUUCCUUGACAUCACAAAUCCCAAGGCCGUGCUGGAAAAUGCCUUACGAAAUUUUGCCUGCCUGACACAGGAUGAUGUCAUCGCAUUAAAUUACAAUGACCGUAUCUAUGAGAUGAGAGUGUUGGAAGUGAAGCCGGGCAAUGCAGUCAGCAUCAUUGAGUGUGACAUGAAUGUAGAAUUUGCUCCAGCAGUGGGAUACCAAGAGCCUGAGAAGAUGGACACCUCAUCCCAACAUGCAGAGGAUGAGAAGGAAGACAUAAUUCCUGAAAAUGUUGGGUUCUACUCCUUCCAGGGAUCAGGAAACAGACUUGAUGGGAAGAAAAAGAAUCUGGAACUGCCUCAAGAGGAGCUUCUCAAGAGACUGCCAAGACAAAAGGGCAUUCCAGAUUAUGAUUAUGAAGUGGGUUACAUUAAGUUCUGGAGGCGGGUACCCAAGACUAAUGGAACAGAAAACAAAGUAGAGGAGCAGGAAGAGUUUGAGUCCUUUAAAGGUAAAGGCACUUCCCUCCGGCAAGCCAAGACCAGGAAAUAAUGGAUGCUGCACUGACUCUUGUAGGAUUUUGCUGAUAGGAUUCUUUUUCUACACAUUAAAUAAUAGAUGGCUCAGAUCCUGGGUCUUAACUUAACCUUGUAACCAAAAAAAUAAAUUAUAAAAGAAGCAC